CACAGUGAUGUUUUUUGUUAGACUGAUGUUCCAGCUCAACACACCAGUCCCCACUAAGGAUGAUGUCCUUGGUGUCGUCGACAAGCAACUGUAUCUUCAAUUCAACAAUCAGACGAACACUCAAACCACCUUCCAGAAUGGAACUUAUAUCAAACUUACAGAUACUUCAUUUGCCGUCGAUCUUGGUUUCAAAAUAACCAAUGUAACCAUGGAGUCGCAAAGCAAUAGCCUCACUCUCACCAAUGAGACCUACAGCCAGAUAGAGGAUUCAAUUAACAGCCUACUCCAUGAUAUUCUUUGUAAACCAGACGGCAAACAGUUUGACUUUCCCAAACCCAACUUCACUACUGUUGGCACUCAAAUCAGGGCAGACGUGAUGUAUGUAUACAAAAAGGAAGACAUCAACCUCCCUAGUGCUUUUCUAGAGGAAGUCUUAAAAGUCUCAGGUCUCCUGCCAACCACUGUUGCCCCAACAACCACCACCACCACUGUGGCUUCUACUACGGCAAUUAAAACUGCAGGUCCUACAACAACAACCACAACUGCUGCUCCUACAAUGACUAUAACUGCAGCAUCUACAAGUACAACCACAAUUGUACUUCCUACCUUGACAACGAUAACUGCAACUUUUACCUCAACUUCUAUGGCUUCAGUGACAUCAACAACUAGAUUUGGAACAGUGGUGGUUUUUGUUAGACUGAUGUUCCAGCUCAACACACCAGUCCCCACUGAGGAUGAUGUCCUUGGUGCCUUCAACAAACAACUGUAUCAUCAAUUCAACAUUCAGACAAACACUCAAACCACCUUCCAUAAUGGAACUUAUAUCAAACUUACAGAUACUUCAUUUGCCAUCGAUCUUGGUUUCAAAAUAACCAAUGUAACCAUGGAGUCGCGAAGUAACAGAAUCACAUUCACCAGUGAGACCUACAUCCAGAUACAGGAUUCAAUUAACAGCCUACUCCGUGCUAUUCUUUGUAAACCAGACAGCAAACAGUUUGACUUUCCCAAGCCCGACUUCACUACUGUUGGCACUCAAAUCAGGGCAGACGUGAUGUAUUUAUACAAAGAGGGAGAAAUCAACCUCCCUAGUGCUAUUCUAGAGGAAGUCUUAAAAGUCUCAGGUCUCCUGACAACCACUGUUGCCCCAACAACUACCAGCACCACACCACUGUCUACCGUUUUGCUGACCACUCCUUUCAAUACCACAAGUGGUGGAGGUUUUCCUGGCUGGGCUCUGGCCAUUAUCAUCCCUUGUGGCAUCGCUAUCAUUCUGGUACCACUGUGGAUCCUGCUUUGUUGCAUGCUGUGUGGCUGCUGUGCAGCUGUAAGGAGACGCUGUCACAGACGUAGAUCUUACAAUGUACAGUACACCACCAGAAACGGCCUCUUCUGAGGUGACAACACUAACAUCUGUGGGCAACUGUCAUCACAAGAACAGCCAAUCAUCUAUAUCUGCUAAUCACGGGACUUUAAUGCAUGGAAAAUCACUUGUGACUACACACCAUUGCAUCUGAGAAGAUCAAGUGAGGACUUCCAUAUAUUUUUAUCAUAAAAAGAAAAUUGAUAAUAGGCAACAUGUUUUUUGUGCAAUGUACUACUUUUUAUAUAAUGCAUCUGGUUGUUAAUCAACGUUACAGCUGAGCUGAACAAAGUAUGUUUAUAUAUUUAUUAACUAUGUCAUGUGUGGUUUCAAGCUGUGCUGUCCACUGACAAACGGUUAUCACUUAUUUAUUUAAUGUAUAAUAAGCUUCAUUACAAUAAUAUUUAUUGUUGUUUUGUUAUUUCCUCUCUUGAUUAACUAUGAACUAAUUUAUUUUAAAAUCUGCAAUACAGUACUUGUUACUUCAUCUUACAGUUUGACAAAUGUAAUAAAAAUAC